CUCGCGCCACGUCGAGUAUGCCGACGACGUCGCGAACUGCGCAAUGGCCGACAGGAUUGCUGAUCCUGGGCACGCUCUUCCACGCUAUCUACGUGCUCAGCAUCUUUGACAUUUACUUCAAGUCUCCCGUCGUGCACAGCAUCCCGACAGUCGACGUCAUGCACGAGUCGUACCCCCCUCCAGCACAACGCUUGGUCAUCUUCAUUGCUGACGGCUGCCGCGCAGACACGUUCUUCGAAGCAACCGAUAGCUACGCCGUCUUUGCGCACUCGCGGCUCCGAGAAGCCAACUUGACGUCCUUGAUCCACAGCCCGUUUCAAGAUGACGAGCCGACCCGCGCCCCAUUCCUUCGACACAUCAUCAAACACGUCGGCAGUUGGGGCGUCUCCCACACGGGUGUGCCCACUGAGUCGCGACCUGGACACGUGGCCAUGUUUGCCGGAAUGUACGAAGAUGUUAGCGCGGUCACACGUGGGUGGCAGGAGAACCCCGUCGAUUUCGACUCGAUCUUCAACCAAAGCUCGCACGCAUGGCUGUACGGCAGCCCAGACAUCGUGCCCAUGUUUGCCAAGAACGUCGAGCACGUUCAUGAAAAACAUUAUUCGAGCGCAGACGAAGACUUCGCCAAAGACGCCACCGCCUUGGACACGUGGGUGUACCACAAAGUGCAGGUGCUCUUGGACCAAGCAGCGCGGAAUCGCACGCUCUUUGACCAGUUGCACUCGAACCAAGUCGUGUUCUUCCUGCACUUUCUUGGGAUCGACUCCAACGGCCAUGCGCACCGCCCCCACUCGCGAGAGUACGUGUCGAACGUGGCGCUCGUGGACCGCCUGGUCGAAGGGAUCCAUGGCAUGCUCCAAGCCUUCUUCCGCGACAACAAGACUGCGUAUAUCUUUAGCGCUGAUCACGGGAUGAGUCAGCAAGGCUCCCAUGGCGAUGGCGCCCCAGCCAACACUCGGACGCCGCUUAUCGUGUGGGGCGCCGGCGUGCAGGCCCCCAAAGAAGCCACGAACGACGUGGACGGGUUUGCCAUGGACGUGCCAACCCACUCUCACGAUCAAGUGUACGAACAACUCAAAGCUCACGCGGCGCAGGAAGCAGACGCUGUCCGCCUCUGGAACCUGACAAAGUUUGUGCGAAAAGAUGUGCUCCAGGCCGACAUUGCCCCGUUGGCCGCCGCGUUGCUGGGCCUGCCGUAUCCGAGGAAUUCGGUUGGCGUAUUGCCGUUUUCGUACUUGGAGCAAGGCCUGUACCGCGCGCGCGCAGUCGUGUUCAAUGCCAAGUCGCUGUUUGUCCAUGCGUCCACCCGCCAGGCGCAAAAGCAGCGUGCGACGUGGUCGAUCUUUUUCCGACGAUUCCCACGGCUCGACCAGUGUCUUGGUCAGUUCGCCACGAUCGAGCGCGCGUUUGGUGCCAAAGCGUACGCCGACAUUGAAGCGCUGAGCCAGCGCAUCAUCGGCGACGCCCUCGCGGGGUUGCGGCACUUUCAGCGGUACGACUGGUUCGUCCUCAUGGCGAUCAUUACGUUGGGCUAUGUCGGCUGGAUUGUUGUGCUGUAUGUGGCGGUGGCAAAAUGGCCGUUUUCGGCGGCGUCGCUCGUCCGGCACUCUGACGGGACAUGGGACAUGAGCUCCGCCACAACGGUGUCCGUCGGCAGUGCUGCCAUGUUUCUGUACAAUCGCCAAGCAACGCCCAUGUACUACCUGUACCUGUGGUUUCCCCUUGUCUUUUGGCGAUAUCUGUACAGAGAACGCCGAUUUCUGGUGGCCCAAACUGGCAUCGGGUGGCGAGUUGUCGCGCUCGUCGGUGUCAGCGUCGAGCUCAUUGUGUGGGGGUACUCGACGCGGAGCAUCUUUUCCGCCCUCUGCGUCGUUCUGGGCGUGUAUUCGAACUGGAGCAGGCACUAUGACAAGUCUAUCGCUCGCGCAUGGCUGGUGGCGUGCAUGGUCCUGGCGCUGUUUCCACUGGCGCCAUUGAACUAUGGGGAUGCGCUCGGGCUGGUCGUGGCAGGCGGGUGCGUGGGGCUGAUCGGCGGAGCCGUGAUGUGGUGGUCAGCAGCGCCAUCAUCGCCCAUCCACGGCAGCACUCUGCUCUUUCUUGCGCUCGCCAUGGGGUCCCUCCUCGGCACGAUGCACGCGCUGUCGUCGAAAGAUAGCCAGCUUGCGCCUUGGAUUUACCUCAAUUGGGUGGCCGGGUUCGGACCGAUUCUAUCGCUGUUUUGCCUUCCACCGCAGCCGCUACAGGCUCGCCUCGUGCAGAUCAUGGCGUGCGUUGCCCCGCUGUAUUUGUUGCUCUCGAUCUCGUACGAAGUGCUGUUUUACGUGUCGUUUUGUGUGUCGUUGUGGCUGUGGGUCCGCGUCGAGACAACGCGCGGCACGUCAAGCAGUCUAUCAUCGUCGCCACGUCGGUGUGGGCUCGGAGGAAUCGAUGCCGUUCGGCCUGUCGUCACGCGCCAUGACGUCCGCCUCGCGCUGUCGUACUUGGUGUUUUUCAAACUGAGCUUCUUUGCCACGGGCAACAUUGCGUCCAUGAGCAGCUUUGAGAUCUCGUCCACGUUUCGGUUCGUCACGGUGUUUGACCCGUUUGUGAUGGGAGCGCUGUUGGUGCUCAAGAUUUUGCUGCCCAUGGUGCUUGUGACGUGCGCGUUUCACGCGCUGCUGACGAUCCAGGGCCGCCGUCCGAAUCAAUUGUUUCUCCUGGUGGUGCUGCUCUCGGACGUGCUGGCGCUGCACUUUUUCUUCUUGGUCAAGGACGAAGGCAGCUGGAAAGAAAUUGGCAACAGCAUCUCGAUCUUUGGCAUCGUGAACGUCAAGAUGGUGUUCAUCCCGCUGCUCUUGAUCGUGGCCAGACUGCUCUUCCGUCACUCCCCCGACCCGCAUCGCCACUUGGAGUAGCAAGGACACGUGCCCUUUUGACACCGCGAAAGAAUCGUGGACCGUCUCUUCUCGGAACACCCCGUCCGUUGACGGCACGUCCACCUCGUCCCAUGAACUCUAAUCUAUGCGGCCACCCCCCCCCACUCCCUCUCCU